CAGUCAAUGUGUUUCAAGAGUUGGGAGUUACAGUAACCAACUGCAACUACUUGUCUCUUCUGAAACCAUGGCUAAAGCUCUAAACUUGAUACCCACCUCAACUUUCCCGCCAUUUUCAUGCCCCAGGAGACUACCCAGCAGGAGAUUAUUGUCUGUUAGAGCCACAACAGAGUCCCCAGAGACACCCACAAGCUCAGUUCAAGUAAAGACUGAACCUUUAACAUUUGCUCCUCCACCCGAUUUCAAGCCUCCGGAGCCCAAGCGGUUCGGAGUCCGACCCGAUAAGACUUUGGACGUCUUGGGUGCUUCUCUUGCCAUAUUCUUUCGUUUGGGUUGUGGCGUUUUUGUUUCUGGGUAUUCGUUUUCGAUUGUUUCAAAGGAUGAAAUUCCUUCAGACCAGUAUGCUCUCGAUUUUAAUGAUUCCAAGGUCAAGGAAACUUCAAAAUUAGGACCCCGUCCUGAGAAGCCUAUUGAGAUAUACGAGUUUGAAGGCUGUCCAUUCUGCCGGAAGGUUAGGGAAAUUGUUGCAGUACUGGACCUUGAUGUUAUAUUUUAUCCGUGCCCAAGAAAUGGUCCAAACUUCCGUCCAAAGGUUGGGGAGAUGGGCGGAAAAAAGCAGUUCCCUUACAUGGUUGAUCCAAACACCGGAGUUUCAAUGUACGAAUCUGAUGACAUAAUCAAGUACUUGGUUGGGAAGUAUGGUGAUGGAAAUGUUCCUAUUGCAUUGUCACUUGGUUUAUUGACGACUCUGACUGCCGGCUUUGCUCUGCUUGGUCGGUCAGGAAAGGGAAGUAUCUAUACUCCAUCAAGACUACCACCGAAACCAUUAGAAGUAUGGGCGUACGAGGGAUCGCCUUUCUGCAAACUUGUACGUGAAGUCCUCGUAGAGUUGGAACUGCCUCACUUAUACGUUAGCUGUGCACGUGGCAGCCCAAAACGACAGAUACUAUAUCAGAAAACCGGACGUUUUCAGGCACCUUACUUAGAAGAUCCCAAUACUGGGGUGCAAAUGUUUGAAAGUGCAGAAAUUAUCGAAUAUCUAAAAGCAACUUAUGCUCUUCCAUGAGCAAUAUAUUAAAGGUUGAGAAUCACAAUGGAUGAGGGGAUAUAGAAGAGCGUCUAUUGUAAUAUUUCAUAUGUUUAUCUCCAUACUAAAUAAAUUAUUUCGGUGGGCUGUUGGGACAACACAUUAGAAAUCUCAUCUUCCGAACAAGGGACAACACAUUAAAGAUCUCAUCUUCUGAACUAGGGACCAGACCUAGUUUAUAUCUUCUGAACUGGCCCCAGAAACCCAUCACAAGCACCAGAACAGGACAUAGCCUUGCAUAUUGGUGUCCAUGAGUUGGGAACCAAACCAUGUGUAGCAAUGGAAGGUAGUAUUUGUCUUGAAGAAUAAAGCUGAAGGGGGAAUGGCUUUGAGCAUAUAAUUGUUUGUACCGGUGAUACAUGGAUACAUGUGCAUAUAGCCUUGUAUUUUAGGCUUGUGUGGGUUAAGCUGUUGAGGAACAAUGACAUCCUUUCAUCCUUUGUGCUCUCCUAGCAAAGGAUAACAUGUUCAUGAUACCCAAUCUGAAUUGGCUAUUCAUCAUGUCCUAGCAAAUGUCUAAACUGGGGAUGUAGGUUCGCUAUUAUUGUAGGUUC